AUGCAUCACAAAAGAAAAGCGACGCAAUAUUACUAUUCGCGACCAUCCACCAGGAUUCUUAUACGUAACGUAGAUGACGUAGUACGUAAAGGAAAGACUCUACGUGAAGACGGAGAAGGCAUGGAAGAAGAAGGAGAAGGAGAAGAUUCUCAGAUCGAGUCGGAAGACUAUUAUGAUGAGGACGGCAUGGAGAGUUCAAAACAUGAUGAUUAUUAUUAUGAUUAUGAUGCUUUUUCCCGUAGGUUUAAUUCUGUCAUAAUUUCCGACCCUAAUGUCUUUAAUUGCUGCGUUUGCUCGCAAAUCUUGACUGUUCCUGUCUACGAGUGCGCUAAUGGGCAUGCUGCUUGCUCUACCUGCGCUGCUGAUCAUUUAAAGCAAUGCCGCUUGUGCUUAUUGCCUAUUGGUUACAAACGUUGCAUAACUAUUGAGAGAGUAUUGGAAUCUAUUCACAUACCAUGCCUGAAUGUGAAAUACGGUUGCAAAGAGACAUUGAGUUUAACUGAGAGUAAUAACCAUGACCAAAAAUGCAUCUAUGUUCCAUGUUUAUGCCCAUAUUCAGAUUGCCACUUCACUGCCCCAUCCAAGGACUUGUUCCUUCACUUCAUAAACAAACAUAGGGAUUCCAUAAUCACAUUUUCAUAUGAUGAUUAUUUCUCUGUCUCAUUGAGGCGCAAUGAUGAAACCGUGGUUCUUCGAGAGGAAUAUGAUAACAAACUGUUUGUUCUCAACAACUAUGUUGAGAGUUUGGGAAGUGUUGUUUCUAUUAGUUGCUUUGGUAACUCUUUUCAGCCAGGUUAUGAUUAUUCUGUGGGUGCUACUUACAAGGGACGCAGCCUAAUAUUGCAUUCUAUUACCAACAAUAUUCAAUCCAACACAGUUAAUGCUCCUUCAUCAGGGUUCUUUGUGGUUCCUUUUAAUUAUUUUGAUUCUUCUGGAUCUCUCAAACUAGAAAUUCGCAUCAGGGAUAAAUAA